AUGCAUAGCUACCCAGUGGAACCAAUUAGGACCCUCAUAGAUUCUAGAGCUACUUUGAAUUUCAUAUCUCCCUCCAUUGUCAAAAAAUUCAAAGUUCCAAAAACCCUACUCAAAAACCCACAAGUAACAAGAAUGUUAGAUGGUACUAUCUCCCAGACUGGUUGCAUUUGGCACCAGGUCCAACUUGCCAUCUUGGCCAAUGGCCAAUCCCAUUCCAUUCCUAGUUGGCAUCAAGGCACAAUUGCUUUCCCAGAGCAAGUCCAGAUUGAAUCAGAAGAAGCUGAUAAGAAUCCUUUGGAUGGUCUACCACCCCACUAUCACAAAUUCUCCAGGGUCUUUGGAGAAGAGGAAUUCAAGGCUUUUCCCCCUCAAAGGGAAUAUGACAUAGCCAUUGACUUAAUUCCCAAUGCCAAGCUGUCACCAAGACCCAUCUAUGGAAUGACUGAUGCCAAAUCAAAAACACUUAAACUUCAUAUAGAUGAGGAACUAGCCAUGGGCAAGAUCAGGCCUAGCACCUCACCUACUGGAGGGCCAGUAAUGUUUGUCAAAAAGGUAGAUGAACAAUCUCAUGGCAAAACUACAACAUGCCAGAAUCUUUACCAAAUUGGAUCUCUGCUGGGGCUAUAA